AUGCCGGGGCUCCUGAUACAGAAAUCCAGUACUGAGGAAGCCCAGGAUAAUUCCGAGGAAACCCCGGAUAAUCCCGAGGAAGCCCAGGAUAAUCCCGAGGAAACCCAGGAUAGUACCGAGGAAACCCAGGAUAGUACCAAGGAAACCCAGGAUAAUACUGAGGAAACCCAGGAAAAUCCAGAGGAAACCCAGGAUAAUACCGAGGAAACUAAGAACUUACUGGAAAAACUCAUUUCUGGAAUUUUUCAAGUAGUGUACAGACUUACAGGGGUGAAAAUCAGUGAUCUUCACAUCCUGGAUCUCACAUUAGAAGCGACUUCUGACAGCAGUGCUGAAGUGAAAAUCCCCAUCACUGCUCAUAUCAAUGUGAAACUGCCUGUGUUGGGUGAGAUUGUCGACUUGGGCCUCAACUUGGUCCUCCAGUUUAGUGUCAGCGUUGAAACCGAUGAAGCGACUGGUGUCUCCCAGGUGGUCGUGGCAGAAUGCAAGAAUGAUCAACACAGCAUCGAACUCACCGUGCUGGGCAGCCACAUUGGAGUGCUCCGUCAGGUUGUGAACUUCGCAGUCAACCUUGCAAAUGAAGUGUUGUCCCUCGUAACACAAUCUGAGGCUGGCCUGAGGAGAAGGUGA